AUGGACAAUCCAGCUGCCACCGGGAUGAAGUCCAAAUUUCGAAAUCAUGGAAGGCCAUCAAAUAGCCGGAGCAAUAGCAUGCGUAGCGGCCGUAACGUAUCUCGAGAAAACGGCAAUUCCUCAGGUGCUACAGGUGGUGUCAUCAGUCCAAUAAACGAACACACCAACGAACACACCGACGAACAGACUCCACUCCUUGCAAGGCACUUUAAAACUUCGAAUGGUGUCUAUCUAUGGGAGGACGAUGCGAGACCCUUCAUUAAGUGGCCAGCAUAUUUCGGGCUCAAGGUGCAGCAGACUUUGACGAGCAAUUAUGUUAAUGUGUUUUUGGUCUUCGUGCCGUUGGGCAUCGUCUCGGGAGCAGUGGGAUGGAGUCCAGCCGCAACCUUUAUACUGAAUUUUCUCGCCAUCAUACCGCUUGCCUCAUUGCUAAGCUUCGCGACGGAAGAGUUAUCAGCCAAGCUGGGCCAGACACUAGGAGGUCUGCUCAAUGCAACUUUCGGGAACGCUGUCGAGUUGAUUGUCAGCAUCGUUGCACUCAAGAAUAACGAGAUCCGCAUAGUCCAGUCUUCUAUGCUCGGCUCCAUUCUUUCCAACAUCCUUCUCGUCCUCGGCUGCUGUUUCCUCGCCGGCGGCAUCAAAUAUCCACAGCAAAGAUUCAACGACGUAGUAGCCUCGACCAUGUCCUCCCUCAUGGUCGUUUCGACCGCUUCUCUGAUAAUCCCGGCAACACUAUACGCUGUCAUGAAAGGCACAGACGCAAAUCAAGACAACAAUAUCUUGAUCCUCUCUCAUGGGACCGCUGUCAUACUUCUAUUGCUAUAUGUGCUGUAUCUGCUCUUCCAGCUGAGGACUCAUUCGGAUCUUUUUGACGCAGAAGGCGAGGCGGAACAGGACGGCGAGCCAGAAGAAGGCAGAGUUCUUUCUCCUCCGGCUGCAGGCGUCGCCCUCGUGCUCAUCACUGUCCUGGUUGCCGUCUGCGCAGAAUAUCUCGUGGACAGUAUCGACAGCAUUGUCCAAACGGCGCAUAUCUCCAAAACCUUCAUUGGUCUUGUGCUGCUUCCCAUCGUUGGCAAUGCGGCUGAACACGUAACCGCAGUUGUGGUGGCUCUGAAAGACAAGAUGGAUCUGGCAAUUGGAGUUGCGAUCGGAAGUAGUAUGCAGAUCGCGCUUCUUGUGACACCUUUCCUGGUUAUUUUGGGGUGGAUUAUGGACAAGCCAAUGACACUGCACUUUGAGACCUUCGAGACUGUGGUAUUCUUUCUAAGUGUGCUGAUUACAAGCUAUGUGAUCGCUGAUGGAAAAUCCAAUUACCUUGAGGGUGCCAUGCUAUUGGGUAUGUACACUAUUAUCGCUCUCGCAUUCUAUGUCUACCCGGACGAUGUUAAGAAUUCAGGACUCAACCUGCUGUCAUUGCUGCCAGGAAGCUCGUCAUAG